AGUGUCGUCCAAGCAUUCAAGCAAAGAAUUUUUGGAAAGCUCAUCUGUACUGAGUAGGCAUAAGUAGUAUUUUUGGAGAGCUCAUCUGUAGUGAGUAGGCAUACUUCUUCGAUGGGGAGCACUCUCAAAAGGGACGAUGGGGAUCUUAAUCAAGCCCUCUUACCAGAAUCGUCCAUAAAGCACGGAGAUGAUCAAGAUGAUCAAGAACCUAUGCACCUUGCGUCAAGGGUCUGGAUUGAAUCCAAGAAGCUAUGGUACAUAGUUGGCCCUGCCAUCUUCAGCCGCCUCCUUAGCUUCUCUAUGAACAUCAUCACUCAAGCCUUUGCUGGCCACCUCGGCGACAUUGAACUCGCUGCCAUUUCCAUUGUCGUCAAUGUCAUCUGCGGCUUCAGUUUUGGCUUCCUGUUAGGGAUGGCGAGCGCAUUGGAAACACUGUGUGGUCAGGCUUUUGGGGCGAAGAGGUACCAUAUGUUGGGCAUAUACCUGCAAAGAUCGUGGAUUGUGCUCUUCCUCUGGAGUAUCUUGCUCUUGCCCUUGUACCUUUUCGCUACUCCGAUUCUGAAACUUUUAAGACUGCCGGACGAUGUGGCGGAUAUGUCAGGGGUGGUUGCUUUGUGGCUCACACCCCUGCACCUCAUCUUUGCGUUUCAGUUCCCAUUGCAGCGGUUCUUGCAAUCCCAGCUCAAGAACUUUGUGAUUACGUGGGUUUCUUUAGCCGCUUUACUGGUUAGCGUGUUGAUUGGUUGGCUCUUCGUACUUGUGUUGGACUUUGGGAUUGUUGGUGCAGUUGUUGCUUUGGACAUCUCCUGGAGCGUUUUGGCUGUCGGAUUGUUUGGGUAUCUUCUGUGUGGCGGAUGUCCUUUAACAUGGACUGGUUUCUCCGUAGAAGCCUUUUCCGGGCUCUGGGAGUUCAUCAAACUCUCUGCUGCUUCAGGGGUCAUGCUCUGCUUGGAGACCUGGUACUAUGCAAUACUAAUGUUGAUGACUGGGUACUUAAAGAAUGCCACCAUUGCCGUGGAUGCCUUGUCAAUCUGCAUGAACAUCAAUGGGUUGGAGAUGAUGAUCCAUUUAGCUUUCUUCGCUGGUACCGGAGUAAGGGUAGCCAAUGAACUGGGAGCUGGUAAUGGAAAAGGAGCGAAAUUUGCAACUAUCGUGUCUGUUUCCUACUCCACCGUGAUUGGACUCUUUUUCUGUGUAUUAGUCUUGAUAUUCCACGAGAAGCUCGCUUACGUGUUCACAUCCAGCACUGAUGUCCUCGUCGCAUUUGAUAAGAUGUCGUACCUCUUAGGUGCCACAAUUUUGUUGAACAGUGUUCAACCAGUUUUAUCUGGUGUAGCUGUUGGAUCAGGAUGGCAAGCGUCAAUUGCGUAUAUAAAUCUGGGGUGUUACUACAUUAUUGGAGUUCCUCUUGGAGUUCUGAUGGGAUGGGUCUUCAACUUGGGCGUUAUGGGUGUUUGGGGUGGGAUGAUCUUCGGCGGGACUGGCAUUCAGACUGUAAUAUUGGGCGUGAUAACAGUGCGAACCGAUUGGAAAAAGCAGGCUGAGAUUGCUAGAAAGCGUGUAAGUAAAUGGUCACACCCUAAACCAGAUGAUCAUCCGGAGGUCCAACAUUAACAACUUCACUGAUGAAAUUUGCCUACCAAUAUGAGGGCUUUUAUUUCUCAUCUGAAAUAUAUAUUUCAUUCCUAAGAUAUUUAGUAAUUGGCAACAUAACUAGCUGAUUAAUUGUUGGCAUGCUUAAGGAGAAAAAGCACAUUAGAGGAAUGAUUGUAAUGGAAGGAAAUCUUUUAUUAAUUGAGCUCCAGCUUGUGUCUUGUUCAUAAGACACACUUGAAUGUCAA